AUGGUGAACAGUCUGUGGUUCAAAUGGAAAGCCCUAAAACUCCCAUGGAGGAGGUCAUGGGUUGUUGGCCAGGAUCUAUCGGGUAACACCUUCUGGGAAUUCCGCGAUGCGCUCAACGCCAACCGAAACCGUCGAAUUGUCAAAUACAACCCCAAAGCUCACUACGGAGAUGUGAAAAUAACCCCACAAUGGCACCAAUGGCUCCGAUACGUCCGCCACCAACCCCCAACCAUCGAGGAACAGCAGCGAGAUCUCGUCCGACAAGCUCAGAUCAGGAAACUUGCGCAGAUCGCAGAUGAGAAAUGGGCAGCAAAACCGUCGUUUUUGGACAAACCGAAGACUCAACAACCUACACCUGCCACGCGGACAAGUGAUCAGACUGUACCGGCAGACUCGAAAGUUCAGGGGCAGCCGGGCGUGACGAAGCAGAUAAAUGGACAAGAGGAGAUUCAGCAAGAAGCUGAUCAGAGCAAAAAGACAAAAGGCCUUGCAGCAAAUGUCCCCACAGGUCCGGGAGAGAAGUGGCAACCAGAAGCGUGGACGCCAGACGAAAGUUCCCGUGUUGAUGCUACAUUAUCAUCGAAAUUGGAGUGGCAACAGACGACCCGUCGUUUAACGGGCAGUAUCCAGACGGAUAUGUAUUUUUUACCUGUAUAUACCAAGACUGGCAAGUGA